CAGAGCUCUUCUCAGACACCAAGUAGCCUUUUCACGAGUCUUCCCUAUCAUACUAUAAUUGCUUUCCCUGAGACAUAUCUACCAUAGCCGGCCCGUAGGUCUGACUACCAAGCUUCGACGCCAUGCCUCAGGCCAACGGACACGCCAACGGACAUGCCAACGGACAUGUCAACGGACACGUCGACGGAAACGCGGCUCCUCUACCGGCUGACCUCAUAGAUCCCCGGCAGGUCAAGCUCCACGACGCCUUGCAUCGGCUGCGCAAGCUCGAGGCUGCUAAAGACAUCGACAUCCCUCAGCUGAUCGUCGUUGGUAACCAGAACAGCGGCAAGAGCUCUGUCCUCGAAGCCCUGGUUGGGUUCGAGUUCCCAGUCGACAACGGGGCCUGCACCCGGUUCCCCACGCACUACAGCCUCAGAAGGGGCGAGGCGUCGACAACGGCAUUCAUCAAGCCCGGGCCCGGGCGAAAUGAAGUCGAAAAGGCCUGUCUGGAGGAGCUGUCCCGGUCGAUCAGAAACCCCACCAGCUUCCAUGACCUGAUGCGGGCCGUCAAUGCCGGACUCGGCAAGAAGGUCGGCAUGGAAAGGACGGGCGACACAGGCAAAGGGUUCUGCGACGACGUCCUGAUGAUCGAAAGGCGUGGCCCAGAUCUGCCGCAGCUCUCCCUGGUGGACCUCCCCGGGCUCUUCACGGCAUCGUCCGGCCAUCAGACAGACGAAGAUCAAGAGACGGUCCAGGAAAUGGCCGAGACCUACGUCCGCAACAAGGGCAGCAUGGUCAUGGUGAUCGCCAGUGCCCAGGAGGACAUCCACUGCAGCUCCGGGAUCGGCCUCAUCCAGAAGCUGGUGCGUAAAGACGCGUCUCUCAACGAACGCACCAUCUACGUCAUCACCAAGCCGGACAUGGCCCAGUCGUUCGCCAGCCUCAAGAGCGUCGUCGACCAGUUCAGGUUCCCCCGGCCUGCCCACUUCCUGCGCAACCAGGACAGCGGACGCGACCGACCUCGAUCCCUCGCGAGCAGGGAUGCCGAGGAGGAGAAGUUCUUCGGUAGCGGGGAGUGGGUGGGGGUGCCGCAGGCGCAGAAGGGCAUCGCGGCCCUGAGGACGGCCCUCAAGGAGAUGCUGUGGGGCCACACCAAAAACCAGCUCCGGCGCCUCAUACCCGCAGUCCAGGACAUGACGGAGGAGGCCCAGCGGGGCUACAAGCGCCUCGAGGAGGCGGGGCGGCCGGACCGACGCAAGUUCCUGGUCGAUGUGGCGCAGGACUUCGACCGGCUCAUCGGGAACGCCGUCAUCGGCAACUACGUGAACCGCGAAUUCUUCUCUAGCUUCGACGACACGAGCCUGGAGGUCAGGUACAAGAGGCUCCGCUCCACCGCCCGGGCCCUGAACAAGCGGUUCGCCACCGCGGUGCAGGAGCACGGCAAGACCGUGGUUAUCGGACGCCCCAGGCCUUCGGGCCGCCCCCACGGGAGCGCCCCACCACCGGCCUUUCUCGCUGCCGAGAUCGACCGGCUCUACAGCUACCCCGAACCCGAGUCCAAGUGCUGGGCCGACUACGAGACCUGGGUGGCCGGCAUGGUGGACGACUGGCGGACGGGGGAGCCGAGGGGCCAGGCGAGCAGCAUGGCCUACUGGGCCCUCUUCGAGUACCAGUCCAGGGGGUGGAAGCGCAUGGCUGAGAACCACCUCAAGGCCGUCUGGAUGGUCAUCGACCGCUUCAUCGACCUCGCCCUGGCCGAGGUCUGCCCGGACGACGGCGUCGCCGAGGCCCUCCGCCGCAGGGUCAUGGACACGCAUGUCGACAAGCUGCGGCUCGCGGCCAGCACCACCCUCGAGAGCCUCCUCAGCUGCCACGGCCGGGGCAACUCGGGCUUCUACGACAGCCUUGACGACCCCCACACGUCACGGAGCCGGGCCCAGGCCCUCAUCUCCAAGAUAGCCGAGCUGCCUUCGCUGGACGGCGGCGGCAGCCCACGCAAUGCCCCGGCCCUG